UUGGAAAACAUCUGAUUUGGUUUCGCUUAGAAAAUAGUGAACUUUACAUACGUAUGUGGCACAAAAUCAAAAUAAUAAACACCAAAACCCCAAAAUUUCAGAACAAACGAACAAAAUUUGUGAAGUGACUGCUGAUUUCUUGUGAAAAAUAAAGCGGGGAGACUAAAUGGAUGAACAACUGGAAAAAUAUCGAACAAAAGUACGGCGUAAAGAAUUUUUCCAAAAAAUCAAGCAGCGUUUAAUCAGUAUGGUGACAUUUUCGCCAGCGACAAAUCCCAAAAAAGAUGAAACUAUCGAAAUACCAGACGAACAAUUGGAAGAAGAGGACUUGCUGGCCAGCGAACCUGGCGAGAUGUCCGAUUAUGUGUCAUCAGAUGACGAAGACGAUGGUGGAUGUGAAAAUGAGAAUAAUCAAAACAAGGAUGAAUCUAAAAUGAAAUACAUCACUUAUGGGUUGUGGUUUUGUUUUUGGGCAACAUGCUGGAUGAUUGCUAUCGAACUGAAAUUCGGAAUUGUUUACUUACUAUUCUCAGCAUUGUUUGGCAUUUAUUUCAAUACACGAACGGAACCAAAGCGCAAGGGUGAAAUCAGUGCAUACAGUGUAUUCAAUGCGAAUUGCGAAAGUAUCAAAGGCACAUUAAAGGCUGAACAACUCGAACGAGAAAUGAUUUAUGGUCCAUUAGCAGCGGCAACACAUUAAAUUUUAUGCAUCAACAAAUACAAACUAUACGAUGAUAAGAGUAUUUUAGAGUAUUUUAAGUAAAUGAAGACUUUUGAUUUAUAAACAAAUCAAUUUAUAAUGCAAUAGUUUAAGGUAGUAAAAUUAAGUACAAGAAAAGUUCUCAUCAGUGCUGUGCCCAUUGGGAGUAAAGUUAGCCUUUUUUUCAAAUUAGAAUGUAAAAAGCGUUGAAGAAGAAACAAAGUAGUUUACUGAAAUCAGAAAUUGCAUAGUUUUAAGUGGUUACGUUUCCGAUGGUGAUGCGGAAAUGGUGGUGUAAAAGUUUAACAAAUAUUUUCUUAACAAAUGUUAUGGCUAAACAUAAGUAAGUUCAAUGCUCAACUUCGUAAUUAGUUUAAAAAGUUUGUACUUACUGUAUAGCUGAAUUUUUGCGAAAUCGAUGUGUUGCAUGAAAUAUGUGGCGCGUUCAACGUUCAUAAAUAGACGGUGCGAUAGAUCCAAGUAAUAUGUGAACACAAAAUGAAGAAUAGAAUUUUAAUUCAAUUUGAGCACUUGCUUUAUUUAUUCCAUUAGUUUGGUUCUCUCAGUUUGUUAUAUUUUAUACACAAUUUUCAUACAUAGUAGAGUUUUAAUAUAGAUUUACGUCAUGUAUCUGUGGGCUCGUUCUGACUAAGUUAUACAUGUUUUUUUUUGGUAAUUUCUCUUAAUUUUUAGAUAUAUUUAUAAUACAUAGCACAUAAUCAAUUUGAAAUUUUUGUUUAAUUAAACUUUUAACACACGUUUUUUUUUAGUAAUUCAAUCGAUUAUACAUAAGAAUGGAACAUAUUUUGUGUUUAUUUAACUGUAUAUGGCGGCAGGAGGCGAACAAAAAUGUUUCACACACGCGUGCGAAUAAAACAACAAUUGCAUAAUAAUCAUAAUAAAUCCAAUAAAAUUGUUAGUACAUUUUUUAGAGUGUAUGUUUAACAAAUAAAUUUCUGGCAUAUAUUUUAUGA